AUGCAGGAGCAAUUCAUCCGUAGACGUAACACCGACCCCUGGCCAACAUGGUGUUACAUCUACCCAUCUAGUCGCUCCGGCAUCUGGCACGCUCGUUUGUUCCCCACAUGGGGAGAGGUCAAGGAGCGAAAAUCAAGGCGAAGAUUUGCACGGAAGAUGCUCGAACAAGGAUCCGACAAAACGUCAUAUAAUGCCGUGGGCAUCUGA